AUGUGCGUGGAUUACACUGAUCUUAACAAAACUUGUCCAAAGGAUCCUUUCCCCUUGCCCAGGAUUGAUCAGCUGGUCGACGAUACGGCAGGGUCGGCGUUAUUGAGUUUCAUGGAUGCCUUUCAAGGGUAUCACCAAAUCUACAUGCACAAGGCCGAUGAGGAGAAGACAGCCUUCCUGACCCCGGAUGGCGUGUACUGUUACCAAGUCAUGCCCUUCGAACUCAAAAAUGCGGGGGCCACAUAUACCUGGAUGGUUGCCCGGUUGUUCCAAGACUUGUUAGGAAAAUCCAUGGCGGCUUACGUGGAUGAUAUGCUGGUGAAAAUCCGAGAGGAAGCUGGCCACGCCGGAGACCUAGCCGACUGCUUUCUGGUAAUGCUUAAAUAUAACCUACGGCUCAAUCCCAAAAAGUGCGCUUUUGCUGUACAAGGAGGUAAAUUCUUGGAUACAUGGUGA